AAUUUUAAUGAAAACAAACAAAACGAAACGAAGCCAUUUGAAAAUUCUUGUGGCCAAAUAUGAAUGUAGUUUAAAAAUAAAAUUGACAGUAAUAAGUUAUCUUAGACGAAAAAAUGGGAAAUUGUUGUUUCUAUGGAGAAGACUCGCAAACGUCAGACCCAGAUCCAGAAGAAAAAAGACGGCGACAAGAAGAAGCUGCAGUUAAGAGACAAAAAGAAAUGGAAGGACGUGGUUUGAAAGAUCCAGAUGCGGUAAAAAGAAAGAGACAACGACAAGAGAUCGCAGAGAAAAAGGCAUUCAAUGAUAAUCAAAGUGGAGGUGGCGGACUUAAGUGGACUGUAGGAUGAACUGCUUUUGAAGAUACUGUUGUUCCUACAAGCCUCACACAGAUGUAGAAAUACGAUGGAUAAUUGACCAUGAUGCUAUAACUAAAGUAAUUUAUCACAUAUACAAUAAUAAAAAUCAAUCCAUUUCA